AUGGGGACCCUGAUCCAGCCCCGGGGAGCUGAGCGGGCAGCCUGCCCUAUGGCCUGUGUCCAGGGUCUCCCGCUCUGCCCCGGCUGGGAGGACCCCAAGUUCUGCGGGGGUCUGAGGGCAGGGCAGGGUGCCAGGGGGCACAGGACCAGCACCCCCAGCCCACACGGGAGGGGGGCCCAGCUGGAGGGAGGGGAGAGUGACCCUGGCACCCUGGGGGCCCGCACCCCAGGACCGGACUCCUGCGACAUCUCCAUGGCCACCAGCAGCUGGGAGCAGCCGGAAGGAGGCCUGGGAGCCGUGCCCAGGAUGGCGGAGGUCAGCGGGCAGUCCUAUGGCCCCUGCGAGCAGGUGGACGCUGGUGGAGGGAAGACGGAGAGAGAGAGAGUCUCCGCGCCCGGCAGGGAGAGGACGAGGUCUGGGGGUGCAGCAGCCCCCCGGAGCCCGGCCCGCAGGAAGGCGCAGGCCGCGCCCCCCCAGACGCCCCCCGAGGACGAGCUGCCCUGGACGGCCCUGACCCUCACCCAGUGCCUGGUCCUGGCCACCCUGGUGGCGCUGCUGGGCUCGGCCGGGCAGCUGUGUCGGGACGCCAUGUUGGGGGAGGCUGCCCCCUCUGCGCAUGACCCUGAGCCACAGCCCCUGGUGCAGACCCUGCCGUCUUCCCUGCUCCUGGCGGCCCCGGCGGAGGCCCAGCAGCGGCCCGAGAAGAUGGUGGAGGCCUCAGGGGAGCUGGCAGGUUCACCCUUAGAAGUGCGGGGGCCGCAGGACAGGCCGAGGAAGGUGGAGAGGCACGGGGAGGAGGAGAGAAGGAGGCCACGGAGGGAGAGGCCAGAGCCCCGGCGCCCAAGGGUGCAGGACUCUGGGGACCCUGCGUCUGGGAAGCGGCGGGCCCCGGCCUCCCCACGACGCCCCGAGAGGCCGGCGGUGCGGGACCCCAAAGGGCGUCGGGGCCGGGACUGAGCCUGGGCCCUGGGGUGGGGGUCUCCCACGGAUCCUGUGGGGGGGGGGUCUUCUGGGAGGGGCCGCCCCGUGAUCUACGCAGGGCUCUCCCCAUAGAGUGGGGGCGACUCAGAACGAGGGGUGUCCUCACGGGGUGAGGGCGGGACCCCCGGAGUGAGUCUCCCAGGGGAGGGGACCCCAGGCUGUGUGUGGGGGGCUCCCUCAGGAUUGGGGUCCCCUUGCAGCGUUUGUCAGCAGGCUCUCUGGGUCCACCUGGACCCCGUGGGCGUCUCCCGGGUCGGGGGCCCCUGGAGACCCUGGGUGCAGACCCAGCUCAAUAAACUGCUUGCAUGAAC